GUAAGAAAACUGGGUUGGUCUUGGUCCAGUGCAUGCACACAUGGCCAUGGGACGCACGCUGCCAAUGUCACACUGCUCACUCUCGGUCUACUACGGUAGCUUUAUCUGACACUGCACACUGUCUCCGAGGAGCUCCGUUGUUCAAUGCCACUCACCUCCGCUGCUGCCACCACCACCACCACCUCCACAUCUCACCUCCGCACACAAACCCUUGUUCUUCCUCGAUCCUCGCCGCCGCCGGCGUCUGGUCUUGCUCGGCGUUCGCGCGAGGGGACAGGAGCCGCGAUGAAGAUCCUCGAGUCGCCCCUCAUGGGCGAGUUCAUCAGCUACCUCAAGGCCAACUGGGGCGGCAACUCCCGGGUGAGCCAGCGCCGGCGCCGGCUGCGGCAGCUGGUGGCGAUGGUGCGGGGGGUGGCGGACGCCGCCGAGGCCCGGGCGGCGGUGCGGGGCAGCUCCCUCCACCGCUGGCUGCAGCUGCUGCGGAAGGAGGCGCUGCGGGGGCAGGAGGUGCUCGACGCCACCACCAACCCCUCCGCCGUCGUCGGCUCGGCCAAGAAGUUCCUCGCCGGCCUCAAGUCCCUCUUCGUCUGCAGCGCGGAGGUCGACCGCCUCACCGACGCCGUCGAAGCGCUCGAGCGCCUAGCCGGCCCGGGAGCCGACCUCGACAUCUUCUUGAAGGUGCUCCAGCUCGACGUCGCCAUGGACGUCGACGCCGCUCCGGCCCCUGCGCCCUUCUCGGCCGCGCAUUGCGUGGGCCAGGGCAGCUACUCCGUCGCCACCGCGCCCGGCGCCAAGAGGAAGCGCGCGGGGAGCUCCGGCGUCGACCAGGCCGGGGACGGCGACGGCGACGCGGACGGGGAGGCCGCGUCCCACUCCCACGGCUGGGGCGCCGUCGGCCGCGCGUACCGGCACAAGCGCCGGGCCCUGGCGUGCAAGCGGCACACCGCCAGCUCCGGGUCUCUGCUGGCGGGGGCAGACCGCUCCGUGGAGGCGGCCAUGGCGAUGGCCAGGGUGCGCAGCCGCAUCGGGACGCCGAGACUCGGGCGGCCCUUCUCCCGGAUUUCCUUGGAGUGAAGUCAAGAUCGAGCAGCAAGUAUGCGAUUCCUCGUGCAUUUUGCUGCUUCUACAACUGCUGAAGCAGAUCAAGUACCACUACUAGUUCGUCUACCUAACAGAGUCGUUCAGUUAGCUUUCUAGUUAGCUGCUCGAGAUUAAGUACUGCAGUACUACUACCAGUUCAACGUUUGUAACAUGAAAUUGAUCAUGUAUCAGUUUCGUUCCUUGUGA